GUCGUUCGUGCCUGAGAGGUCAGCGAAGACGAAGAGUGUGUAUUGUACUCCUCUCCCAAGAGGCUUUGGUUACAGGUUGGUGGUCUGUGCCGGCAUCUCGUCUCUCCUCUCUCUUCAUUACUCGUGCGAUUGGCGCUGCAGAGAGGAAGUCUUCGGGACUGUCAGAUUUCUGCAUCGGCUGCUGCAGUGACGAUGCGACAUUUUGAACGCAACAUCCAGAUGGCAGCAGCAGUCACGGCAACAGCAACGCUCUACCUGCUGCUAGGCACCGCCGCUGUCGCCGAGGGGAUGCGCGUCAGCCCUCGACAGCGAGCAUCGUGGCAGAGAUCGACUUCGCCCCUGUCGUCGUCCGCCUUUUCUGGCCGACGGAAGGCUGGUGAUGGUUUCGAGGCGUCAGCAGCAGGCGGGGCGGCUGCGGGGAGAAGGGGCAUGGGGAUGAGGGCAUUUUCAGCGAAGCGGCGCGUGAGGAGCGACGUACACAACUCCAUCCCGAUGGUGCAGGCGCAACGUGGGGUGUCCCAGAGAGCAACGCUGGCCAGGCAGCAGCAGCAGCAGCAGGGAGGUGCCGGACCCUUGUUCGGCGUGAGCCCGACAAGGACGGCCGAAGCUGCGUCGUCAAGCGGUGGUGCCGCGGCGCCGUCUGCGGUCGCGGGAUCGCAGAAGAAGGGCGUGGCAGCUCAGGGGUUGGCAGCAAAGAGGAAAGGCAUCGCAAAGAAGACAGCCCAAGCGCCGACAACGGCCAAGACGAGGAAGCGAAAGGGGCGGGGGUGGCGCGGGCGGCGGCUGGAGCCAAUUGCCCGAGCAGACGCGGUGGAGCUGUUGCGGCAGGCCGUGGUCAAGUAUCGUGGGGCCCAGGUUUCGGCCGCCUCUCCGACGUCCUCCUCUGCCUCCCCCGCUUCGUCUUCCCUGCCGCCUCCGGUUGCCUCGCCCCCCCCGUCACCUUCCCCUUCCUACUCCUCCGCAAGCUCCUAUGCUAGUAGCACGGGCGGCGUCGUAUCGAGUGGGGGCGCCUACGGCGGAAGCGACGGGACUAGUAGCUACGCUUCUAUUAGUGACGGCGUUGUUGUCAUCGGCCGUGGUGUCGGCAGCAGCAGCAGCAGCAGCAGCAACAGCAGCAGCAAUGGUGGUGAGACCGGAACAAGCAGACUAUCGUCGUCGGCGCCAAUACCUCCCGCUAGCGGUGACGGCGCUAACGCCGGCGACACCAGAAGCAGCACUGGUAAUACUAAUAUCGACACCAGCGUCCGGGUUGAGAGUGGGAGCGUUGGAAGCGGCCACGACUCUACGGCGGUGGCCGCGGCAGCCGUUGCUGCUGAGGAGUUCGCGGAGCUCGCAGCGCGGUGCCUGGGCUCGGCUCUCCCAGAGAUAGCCCUAGAGGCGAGCGUUGCGCACUCCCUCUACGUCCGUGCCGAAGCCUCGGGACUGCAGCCCCGAACCACGGCGCUCCUCCCGGAAUACCCUCUCACCACCGACGACGUCGACACCCAAGACGAUGACGACGGCCACUGGCGGCGGCGCUGGGACGCCGAGGUGUCCCUACUCGUCACGGCGGCGCGGGCGCACAUCGCCAUGGGCGGAGUCUUGGACGGGAUCGCCCUCAUUGACGACGCAACCGCCAUCGGCGGCGAUGGCGCCAGCGCUGCCGCCGCGCUCCGCGCCGCCGGCCGGUGGGGUGGCGACGGGGUGGCCGGCGCGGGCCUGGCGCGGCUCGGGGACGGGGACGCGUCCACGGUGGCGGAGGAGCUGUGCGUGUCGGGCGGAGAUACGGGGCUGCGAGCGGCGCUUCGCCUGCGAGAACGCCUGGCCGAGGAGGUGAUACGAACGUGGUAG